ACUAAUUUUGGAAAAUGCCAAGUAGGAAAUUUGCCGAUGGUGAAGUGGUAAGAGGUCGAUGGCCUGGAAGUUCCCUCUAUUAUGAGGUGGAAAUUCUGAGCUAUGACGGCAAAUCCCAGCUCUACACUGUCAAAUACAAAGAUGGAACUGAACUGGAGCUGAAAGAGAAUGAUAUCAAGCCUUUAACAUCCUUCAAGCAGAGGAAGAGCAGCUCAGCGUCCAGUUCUCCCUCCAGACGCCGUGGGAGCCGUGGCAGCAGGUCUCGGUCACGUUCCCGGUCCCCUGGUCGGCCACCUAAAGGUUCCCAGAGAUCCACCUCUGCUUCCCAUCAGGCUGAUAUGAAGGGAAUGAGGAGAGAGAUUCUGGAAGUUAAAUUGACUCCACUCGUAUUGAAGCCGUUUGGGAACAGCAUCAGCACGUACAAUGGAGGGCCAGAGCCUGAGCCGGGUGACGGGAAGGACACGUCUCACAGAAGACCUCAGGAAAGAUUCACCAUGUCCCAAGAAGGCAGUUAUGUGUCUGCUCAGUAUAACCUUCAUCCAAGAAGGGAGGAGAUCAAGUUCAAUGAAGUUGAUUCUAAGGAAGAAAAGCUUAUUGCCAAAGAACCUGAUUCUCUGAGAAUGUUUCACGUGGCCACCCCUCAGGGGAGGGAGCUGGAGUUUGGGGGCAUCCCUGGUGCACUGCUCAUCAUGCUGGGCCUGCCUGUUGUCGUCUUCCUGCUACUGUCCUUGUGCCGGCAGGAUGACCCCAGCCUCCUGAGUUUCCCACCUCCCUUGCCAGCACUGCGUGACCUGUGGGAGCCUCGGGCCAGUGGGCUCUACUUCCUCUGGUUUUCUGUUCAAGUUCUCUUUUCUCUGCUGCCAAUUGGAAAGGUUGUAGAAGGAUUGCCUCUUGUUGAUGGAAGAAGACUCAAGUAUAGAUUAAAUGGAUUCUAUGCUUUCGUGCUGACUUGUGCAGUCCUUGGCAUGGCUCUCCUGUGGGGCCUAGAGCUUCAUUACCUGUAUGAGCACUUCUUCCAGCUGGCCCUCGCAGCCAUGGUGUUCACCGCUGUCCUGAGUGUCUACCUCUACGUGCGUGCCCGGAAGGUCCACGGAGCCGAGCUGUCGCCUGCCAGCUGUGGAAAUGUUAUCUAUGAUUUCUUCAUUGGCCGUGAGUUGAACCCGAGAAUUGGUUCUUUUGAUCUCAAAUACUUCUGUGAACUGCGCCCUGGCUUGAUUGGAUGGGUAGUGAUUAACCUGGUGAUGCUUUUGGCUGAAAUGAAGGUGCAGAACCGGGCUGCUCCGUCCUUGGCAAUGGUUUUGGUUAACAGCUUCCAGCUUCUGUAUGUGGUGGAUGCUCUGUGGAAUGAGGAGGCGCUGCUGACGACCAUGGACAUCACCCACGACGGGUUCGGGUUUAUGCUGACCUUCGGGGAUCUGGUGUGGGUUCCCUUCACCUACAGCCUGCAGGCCUUUUAUCUCGUCCACCAUCCCCAUGAGCUGUCCUGGCCACUGGCUGCACUAAUCAUCGCUCUGAAGCUUUGUGGAUACAUAAUCUUCCGAUGUGCAAAUUCUCAGAAAAAUGCAUUCCGGAAAAAUCCCUCUGAUCCAAAGCUUGCACAUUUGAAAACCAUUCACACUUCCACGGGGAAGAACCUCCUGGUGUCUGGAUGGUGGGGCUUUGUCCGACACCCCAAUUACCUGGGCGACCUCAUCAUGGCCCUGGCGUGGUCCCUGCCGUGUGGUUUUAAGCACACCCUGCCGUACUUCUAUGUGGUCUACUUUGCGGCGCUGCUGGUGCACCGGGAGGCCCGGGAUGAGCAGCAGUGUCGAAGGAAGUACGGGCUGGCCUGGGAGCGGUACUGCCAGCGAGUGCCGUACCGCCUGCUGCCUGGCCUGUACUGACGGCCCGCCUGCCCAGCCGGCUGUGCACGCAGAAGCCAGGGUGCCUGUCCUGCGUGCGCAGGACCAGAGAGCCACAUAGUAGGUCUUUACGGGGCCAUGUUUAUUUUUAUUAAAUUGUAACAGUGAAAGAAAAAACACAAGAAUGUUGGACUUUCCAUCUUAAUAGGAGAAUUUCAAUCCUUACAAGCCUUAAGACAGUUUUUCUGAUAAACACAUGGAAGAGAAUACUAUUAAUGUUCAUAGUUUUUGUUUCCUUUCAAAUUUUGAUAUUUUUCCUUUUGCCAGUUCAUUGUUGUCAAAACACUGUUACAUUUAAAAUAGUGUACAAAUGUACAGUGUGUUAAGAGAAAAGAACUUGCAUUCGUUUCUCUUUAGAGCAUUCCCUAGCUGUGUGAUCUGAAAGGCGAGGGCUCCAGUGAAGUGCUAUGAGGAGCGGAGCCGCUGGCAGCAGACACUGCCCUGAGCUGCUGAGCCUGCGUUGGAAGGUGUAAAUAGCUUACUUUUAUGUAAUGUAUAGAAAGUGCAGAUUGUUUUUGUACAGUAUUUUAAAUGUGAGAUAAUUGUCAGAACUUAACAGCUUUUUAACAAAACAUUUUUAGUCUUUUAAGUUAAGUUUUAUAAAGUAAUACAGGUGAAUCAGAAAUUGUGAAACCAUUAGAAUUCAUUUAAUAUUGUAUAGAAGAUGCUGUUAAAACAUAGGAGAGUAUUUUUCUUAACCCAAAGUUUGUGGUUUUGGCUUUGCUACCUCAACUGCAGGUCGUGUUUGCCUUUAUAAACUGUUGCAAAUAGAAAAUAUAGAAUAAAUAUAUAUUUUUGGAGGAACAUCACUAUUUAAAACAUUUUUACAUAAUGGUGUUUGAAAGUUUGCCAUUUUAGGCUAAUAUUUUUAUAUUUUUUUACUUCUAAAAUUCAGCAGUUUUUGCUACUGUUUAUCUCAUGCAAUCUGUUCUGUAUGUGGUGUAUUGUUUAUAUCUAUAAAACUAUUUCUGAUAAAAGAGUGCUAUCUAAAAACAAUUUAAGGGGUUUAAAAUUGUUUUAGUUUAAUAGCUGUGCAUAAGGUAGCUUUCGUCACUAAAUUAUGAUGAAACUCCUGUAGCCUUAGUCAUUACUGUAAUGGAACAGUAGCAAAAUAGCUCGACUUCUAUAUUCAAAACAAAAUUGUCCUUCAUAUCUGAAGCAUAGGGGAGUGCAGUGCAUGUGUUGAGUGUUACACGGGAAUACACUGGUUUAGAUAAUGGCCCUUUGGUGUUCGCAGAUUCAUUCUGCAACUGGAGGUGUAUAUAACUUAAUCUGUGAAUGUGAUCAUGAAGUUGGUUUGCUAGUCUUGCAUUCUGCAUCCUGCAAUCUUUAAACAUUGUUUUUAUGAAACCAUCAGUAUAUUACUAGUGUUGAUGUAUGCAAGUGGUUUUUCUUUGCUGUUUGUAACGCUUUCCUCCAGGUACUGGAAAGUGGUGUGCAGUAUUUUCUGUGCUGGACCCACCUCAGAGGCUGGUGUGGGGUGGAAGGGAUUUCCGUUCUUUCUCUGAUAAGGGCUGCAUUUUUCUAAAUUACCUACAGUUAGUUCUUAAUUUUGCUUUUGAAACAUUUGAUAAGCUUUGAAAUGAAGUUUUAAGUUGCAAAUAAAGUUGAAAAUAAAAAUG